GAUGUGAGUAAAUAAAGGGUAAAGUGCUUGGAGUGUGUUAUCCUGGAAUGGAAGAACGAGGAGGGGAGAUUUGUAGUUGGUGCACCAGUAUGUGACGUCAGCGGCUUGUUGGAUUGAGGUGCUUUGUCCUGUUGAUUUAAUCCCAACUCAUUAAGGAACUGCGAGCAAGUGUCUGCACAAGGUGGAGAGAAAGUGACUGGGCGGAAGAAGUGCUAAACAAUCCAUCAAGGGCGAUGAGAAGAGCUUAUUUAUGACUUGAAGACACAAAAGGGAGAGAGAAAUCUGUUAUCCAUUUUUUUACAUUCUGGUCCUAAACCUCUUUACUUUUUCUUUUUUUUUGUAUUUCGUGUGGCUUGGUCAAGCAUGCCCACAAACGGAGUUAAUAGAGCUCUGAAGCUCCAGUUUGGCCUCAUCAACUAUGAAAACCGCUACCUUACGGCGGAGGCUUUCGGCUUCAAAGUGAACGCCUCGGGGACCAGCAUGAAGAAGAAGCAGAUCUGGACCUUGGAGCAGGACGAGCACGAUGGCCAGGUGGUGUUCCUCCGCAGCCACCUCGGACGCUACCUGGCUUCCGACAAAGACGGGAAGAUCACAUGUGGGGCCGAAGAUCCUGAUCCAGAGUGCCGGUUCCUGAUUGUCCCCCAGUCUGACGGUCGCUGGGCGCUGCAGUCGGAGCCUUACCUGCGUUACUUUGGAGGCUCGGCCGAUUACCUGUCCUGCUUUGCCCAGGUGAUUGCGGAGCAAGAGCUCUGGGCUGUCCAUUUGGCUCUGCACCCGCAAGCAAGUCUGUUCAGCGUCGCACGGAAGCGUUACGCCCAUCUGUCUGCUUCCGAUGGAGAGAUCUCGGUAGACAGCAACAUUCCCUGGGGGGUGGACUCUUUAGUCACCUUAGUGUACCAGGACGGCAAGUACAGCCUGAAAACCUGUGAUAGCCGCUUCCUGAGUAACGACGGCAAACUGGUGAAGGAGAACACCAACACCACCAGCUUCACCCUGGAGCUGAAAUCGGGCAAGCUGGCGUUUAAGGACUGUGGCGGCAAAUAUCUGACCCCGGUGGGUCCAACGGGUACGCUGCGCUCGGGACGGUGCUCCAAGCCGGGAAAAGAUGAGCUCUUUGACCUCGAAGAAAGUCAUCCACAAGUAACUUUUCAAGCAGCCAAUAAGAGAUUUGUCUCCGUCAAGCAAGGCGUAAGUAUUUCAGCCAAUCAAGAUGUGGACACGGACAUGGAGACAUUCCAGAUGGAGAUUGACAAAAAGAGCAAAAAGUCCAUUUUCAGGACCAACGGGGGAUCCUACUGGACACUAGUGACUCACGGAGAGAUUCAGUCGACUGCAUCGGAAAUAGAGAUCAAUACAAUGUUUGACAUCGAGUGGCGGGGACAAAGGGUGGCCCUCAAAGCAAGCAAUGGAAAGUAUGUAUGCACAAAGAAGAACGGGCAGCUCUCAGCAGUGAGUGACGCAGUAGGAGAGGACGAAUUAUUCCUGAUGAAGCUUAUCAACCGGCCAAUGCUGAUCCUUCGUGGAGAGAAUGGCUUCGUGUGUCACCACAAGAACUCCAACACCUUAGACGUCAAUCGAUCCGUCUACGACAUUUUCUCAUUGAUCUUCAACGACGGCGCCUACAAUAUCAAGAGUGUGAACGGAAGAUUCUGGUACGUCUCCAGCAGCGGCCUAGUGUGCUCGGAUGGAGAAAAACCCGAAGAUUUUUUCCUGGAGUUUCUGGAACACGGGCGCAUUGCCAUUAAGUGUUCAAAUGGCAAGUACCUUCGAGGAGACCAGGGAGGCACUCUAAUGGGAGAUCGCACUUCGGUUGAUGCGUCCUCUCUUUGGGAGUACUAAAAUCUUUUGC